CUCAUCUUGCGACGAAUGAAUAGAAUAUGCCGUUUGUUUGUUGCUGGGUGCAUUCUCGUGCUCGUGCGAUCAGCUGCUUCUGUUUGGGUUGCGUUUGCAUGGUUCUCCCGCGUGUUCUUGUGCCACGCGUCGCGCCGCCAUUGGGGACCCUGGAUUAGGCAACUUCCCUCUCUCUCUCUCCCACCACGAGCCUCUCGCUGGCCACCUCAGCUCAGGCCUCACUCCGCCUCCAUUGUUCCACCGAUUCCCUCCCCGGUUCUCGUUUCCAGACACUCCAAACCCCGCCAUGGCGGAGCGGCUCGCGUCCUCGGCCACCCUCCUCCCCAGCGCGGCCUCGCCGUCCUCCUCGACCCGCCGCGCCGCCGUCGCCUCCGCCGGGCUCCGCCUCCGCCCGUCGCCGUCGCGCUUCUCACAGGUCGGUUCUCCUCAUGCACAUCAGGUUCGAUUGCACCUACCGUUGCCGAGCUGCUUCCUUACCAGUUUCUAAUAUUCAACUGCGCAAGGAAGGCUGCGAGGAGAGCCCGCGGUGGCGCCGCCGCCGCUGGGGUGGUGCCGCGGCUGCGGGUGGUCCGAUGCAUGGCGGCGUCGGAUGCCGCGCAGCUCAAGAGCGCGCGGGAGGACAUCAAGGAGAUCCUCAAAACCACCUACUGCCACCCCAUCAUGGUCCGUUUGGGAUGGCAUGAUUCAGGUACAUAUGACAAAAAUAUCGAGGAGUGGCCACAGAGAGGUGGAGCCGACGGAAGCUUAAGAUUUGAUCCUGAGUUGAGUCAUGGAGCCAAUGCUGGUCUUACUAAUGCUUUAAAGCUCAUUCAACCAAUCAAGGACAAAUACCCAGGUAUCACCUAUGCCGAUCUGUUCCAGUUGGCGAGUGCGACAGCAAUUGAGGAAGCCGGUGGCCCAAAACUUCCGAUGAAAUACGGGAGGGUAGAUAUCACAGCACCCGAGCAGUGUCCACCUGAGGGGAGGCUUCCUGACGCUGGUCCACGCAUACCUGCUGAACACCUUAGGGAUGUAUUCUAUAGGAUGGGCCUUGAUGACAAGGAAAUUGUCGCAUUGUCCGGCGCACAUACACUUGGAAGGUCACGCCCUGACAGGAGUGGCUGGGGAAAGCCAGAAACAAAAUACACAAAGGACGGGCCUGGUGAACCUGGAGGGCAAUCAUGGACAGCUGAAUGGUUGAAGUUUGAUAACAGCUACUUCAAGGACAUAAAAGAGCAAAGGGAUCAGGAGCUUCUAGUAUUGCCUACAGAUGCUGCACUAUUUGAUGACCCAUCAUUCAAGGUAUAUGCCGAGAAGUACGCAGAGGACCAGGAUGCAUUCUUCAAAGACUACGCCGAAGCCCAUGCUAAACUGAGCAACCUUGGUGCAAAGUUUGAUCCUCCUGAGGGAUUCUCGUUGGACGAUGACAAGGGUGCCGCGGCAACCGACGAGAAGGCGGUUGCUGAUCCAGAGCCAACGGUUGUUGCUCCAGAGCCAAUGGUUGCUGCACCAGCCCCAGCGGAUGCUACUAAUGGCGCAGGACCGCAACCAGAGCCCUUCGUUGCCGCCAAAUACUCUUACAAGAAGAGAGAGUUGUCCGACACGAUGAAGCAGAAGAUCAGAGCCGAGUACGAGGGCCUUGGAGGCAGCCCGGAUAAGCCUAUGCAGUCCAACUACUUCCUCAACAUUAUGAUCGUGAUCGCAGGAUUGGCAUUCUUGACGUCUCUGGUCGGCAACUAAGAUCGGUGGUCUGAUGAGUCUCUUCUUUUUCAUCUGGUGUAAUUAACCAUUUUCCAGGGACUGGUGUGUCGACAUGCAAGAUGACCAAGGCAAUGCUUUUGGUCAUCUUACCUUGUCUUGAGUUUUCAUCAUUUGAAGUAAAGUGAGGCAAACCUAGUAAAUUGCUGGAAACCAUGGGAUGUUUCCUACCUUUUUGUUGUCUUGCUCAUCUUACAUCAUCUCGAUUUUUUUGUUGCACUUGUGUUUUAAAAAUAUUAUCAUGUUUUUUGGA